AUGCAAGCAUCCGUUUCCGCGCCUUCCAAUUCAGCCUCCAGCUUCGUCGGCCAGUGGACAGUCAUGCCGAUCGUUUCCGGGUCGCUCGUAGGGGCUCCUACCCUCUCCUCCGCAUCUAUCCCACCGUUGCGGCUGAAUUCUUCGUUGCAUCCGUUACUGUUGUCAAACCCUUCGCAAUUGUCGCAUCUUCCUCUGUCGUCACACUCUUCAUCGCUGUUAAACCCGUUCCUAUCAUCGCAGCCAUCGCCAUCAUCUCACCCCGUAAUAUUGUCACAGCCAUCCGGGUUGUCUUAUGCUCACAUCCCUACAGAAAGAUCCGCAUCGCACGUGUCUAACCUUGCCCCACCUGCACCCACGCCGUCCCCUACUGCUCCCGCUUCCUUGACCGAUCCCAACACCACUGCUACCGUAAACCAUGCCUCCUCAACUUCCUCCAACCCUCCGUUCAAAUUCACUUGGAAGGUCACUGCUGUCACAUCCUCUUCUCCCGCUGCCGUCCCUUCCCCUACCACGGAAACCCCUCACCUCGCCGCCGCCUCUCCCUCACUGCUGCCUUUUCAGUCUCACUCGCCUACCCCACCUUCAAUGUCCAAUCCUGUGCCUACACCUAAUCAAGUGCUUAUAUCGAAUCAGGCCAACGGUCAUUUUCCUGCAAGCACUGCCUCUCCCUCUUUCACUGCUCCGCCUCCGAAACACCCUCCUCUUCCCCUUAAUUCGCAAUCCUCUCACCUCACCAUUCCAUCCACCGCUUUGCACCGCUCUGCGUCCAUUGCGAAAAGAGCCGCCCGCAUGCCCUCCAGGACCCCAUCCCCCUCGCCCCGCUCCUGCAGUCCUCAUCCGUCCAGCCCGCGCGAGUCCAGCCCUCCAAAGCACAGCCACGCGUCAAAUCACUCAAAAGCCUUCACCUCCACCUCCUCUGGCCGCCACUCAUUCACUCACCAAGCCUCCGCAAGCCCCAAGCAAUCCCGCCCGCGGUCGUCCUUCUCCCCUCGCCCAUCUUCCACUCCACUUGCUCGCGCUGCUGCUGAGCCCGAGCCAUCUCCUGCCCCUGCUGCCGCUGCCACCGCUGCUGCUGCUCCGUUUGUUGCAUCUGGUGCUGCGCGUGGCAGUGCAGGGUCGACGUCGAUGCGGAAUCUGUACAGCAUGGCGUGGGCCAGUGGCGUGUGCAGCUGGGACGAGAUGGAGGGCGAUGUGGACCUCGGCCUUGGCCUGGCGGACGUUGGCGCGACGCAGGGGCGGUUGGGCGGGAAGGAGGGAGGGACGGAAAAGGAGACGAAAAAUGAGAUGGGGAGUAAGGAGAAAUUGAAGGAGAAGGAAAAGGAGGAGAAGAGAAAGGAGAAGGAGAAGGAGAAGGAAAAGGAAAAGGAGAAGGGAAAGGAGAAGGGAAAGGAGAAGGAGAAGGAGAAGGAAAAGGAAAAGGAAAAGGAGAAGAUUAAGGACAAGGAGAAGGAUGGAGGGAAGGAGAAGGAGCAGGAGAACGAUAAGGAAGCGAAGGCAACGGAGGAGGACCGGCAGAAUAGGGAGAGAUUGAGGAAGGACAAGAAGAGGGAAAAGAGGAAGCUGUUCAGGAAGCAGAAGGAGAAGUUGAGGAAGGAGAGGGAGGAGAGGGAGGAGAGGGAGAAGGAAGGGAUUGAAAAGGAGAAAGAGAAAGAGAAGGGGAGCGAUAAAGGGGAGGAGAAGGUGAAACUGGAGGAAGAGGCGGGGGAGAAGGAGGAAGAGACAAACGAGGUGAAAGAGGGGGAGAAAGAUGCAGGGGAGGAGGGGGAAAGUUCAAAAGAGGAGGAAAUGGAGGCGCAGUUGAAGGUGGGGAGAAGAAAAAGGAAAAGGAUGAAAGGGUUGGCUGUUGAAGGUAACAAGGAGGCAAAGGGGCCAAAUCAGGAUGAGAAGACGAAGGCCACAGCAAGGCACAUGGAAGGUGGGAAGAGUAGCAGGGAGGAUGGGGGGCCGCACGACAGAGGCAAUGGAAAAGAAGAGGCGAAAAAACAAAGGGAGGCAGUCACUCGUGCAGAGGGAAAGGACAGCACAGAAGCUAUGGCCAUGGAAACAGGAUGGAAAAGUGCGAGAAAUCUUAAUCAUGUGGACAGCAAAACGGCAGGUGGCAAUGAUGCCGGCAGCAGUACUAGGAGUGGUGCGGCCUGUGGUUCUGCUGCUGGCGCUGCUGCUCCUGCGGCUGCUGGUGCUGAAGCUGGUGAUGGGAAAAUUGUGCAUGGAGACGAGGAAGGGGAGGAAGGGAGUGAGCCGGAGGAGGGGGAGAUCGAUGAUGAGGAGAAUGCGGCAGACAGGGACAAAGUAUGCGCUGCGUUCUUUAUGGGGCACAUGCAGCUAGCAGAGCAGGAGAGGCGCGGCUGCGGAGCACCAGCAGCAGGAGGAGGAGGAUUGCCGCUUGCAGAUUCCAGAAUGAACCAGCAGCUAUCGGUGAUACCACUGCCACCCCUGCCGCUGCUGCCGCCAACGCCACCACUGCCGCCAGCAGCACAGGUGGCAGCAAGAGCAAAACAAGAGCAGGGGUCAGGAGCGACAGCAAGCAUGGUUCCUCACCCUCCUGCAACACCACCGCUUCCACCCCUGCCGCCACUGCCACCUCUGCCACCACCACAGCCAAAGCCACAGUUAUCAGUGCAAGCACCGUUGCCACCACGCGCACCAGUACCACCACCCAACAUGAUGCCUCUGCCGCCCCCACUGCCACCACUUCCCCCCGGCCCCCCACCACAAUCAUCAACACCACCGGUACCACGAUCAAGCACACCACCACUACCUCAGGAGCUUGCAGCAUCAGGUGGUGCAGUGGCUACAGGAAGUAGCGGAGGCAGAUUGUCCCCAUUCUCUCCUGCGCUUCCAGCAGCAGCCCCUCCGCCCUUUCACCCGGAUGCAGCGACUUUGAUGGCAGCACUGGAGCAGAUCCUUGCAGCUGCUGGGGCAGAGGGGUCAAAUGCGUGUCUGCUGAAUGCAACAGCAGCGGCAGCAGCAGCUGCAACAGCAGGUGGAGCAGCAGCAUGUGUGUUACCAGCACAGCCUGCAGCAGGAGCAGGAGCAGCGGAGGCAGCGACAGCAGGUGCAGUGGAAGCAGCGCGGUACUCAUACAAUCCCUUUGCUGGAGAUGAUGUUGAUCCCCCAGCCACCACCUGUGAAGCUGCUUCUCCCACCUCCUCUCUCACACCACCUCCCCACUCCUCGCUCUAUUCUUCCCUCCACCAUGCUCUCGAGUCCAAUUCCAACCUGCUCUCUUACCUCGCCUCUCUGCACCACUCUGCAUCCCCGGGAUCCAUGACAGCAGGGGAUGGUGUAACACCUUCGCUUGCUACGCACCACCAGCAGCCGGUGUGGUUCAAGCAUUCUUCGCCACCUCCCAGUAACACACCUCCUGUUCCUAACACGAGCUCUCUUGACAUGCAUGUCCCCCCAUCCAUGCACACACUGCCACCCGCUCACCCAUCUCCCCUGUACGCACACAUGCCACAGCCCCCUCUGCUUGCAACACAUGCAGCAGCUGCUACCGCUACCUCCCAUGCUGCUGCUGCUGCUGCUGCUGCUCCUAUUGCUGCUGCUGCUGGUGCUGGUUCUGCUGCAUUUGCUGCAACGGUACAAGCAUCAAGUGCAACAACAGUGGGCUCUGCUGCUAGUGCAGUGGCAGCGGAGCCAUCCAAGGACAAGGACAUUAUUAGGCACAGAGAUCCCCGCAAGCGCAUGCGCUCCGCACCAGAUACAGAUGCCACCGGAGGAUCUGCCACUGCUGCUGCUGGUUUUGCUGCCGGUGUUGCUGUUCAGGGGAGGCAGGGGCAGGGCUGGCAGAGCAGUGGCAAGCAGGAAGGAGAAGGAGCGUGGGAGGACAUGGUGGAGGUGGGAGGGGGCAAGAGACAGCGCAUGCUGCAUGAUGCUGGCGGUGCUGGCGGUGCGAGUGAUGCUGAUGAUGUGGUCAUGAGUGUAAAGGAGGAAUGGGAGGCAGCAAGAGGUAGCGGCAGCGACGCAAGGAGAGGAGGGGCGAGAGAAGCAGCAGCGCGUGGUGCAGUGCGCGGAGAGGAGCAAGCGCGUGCAUUGGUGCCGCAUGGAGAGGAGAGUGUGGCGUGUGAAGGGAUUGUGGCGACAGCAGGGGAAGUGCGGGGCGAGGAUGGCAGGGCCGCAGCAGGAGGUGCUGGGGGGCAGGUGGUGGGGCGGAGGAGAGUCGGGGAUCCAAGGGUUUUCGGCAUGCAGUCACAACCAGGGCCCGCUUCAGUGGAAAACGAGGAGUGGGCGAAAAUGGGGCCGGAAGGGGCGCCUGAGCAGCAAGUCUCAGACACACGGUGGGAUGCCAGCUCACGUGAGUGUGCUGCUGCCACCACUCCUUCUGCUGAUGCUGCUGCUGCUGCUGCUUUUGAGGCAGUGCCGACUGCUGCUGCUGCUGUUGCUGGAGUGUUGGGUGUGGAGAUCGAAGGGCAAGGCAGUGAUGGGCGAAAAGGCAGUGCAUUUGCAGGGCAGCAUGGUGGGGUGGUGGAGGAGCGGUUUAGCGACGGGGAGGACGAGGAAGAAGAGGACGCUGGUGCUGGCAGCAAAGUGGAGGCAGCAGCAGCAGCAGGGGCGGGUGCAGCAGCAGGCAGGCUGGGGGGCUGCACAGAUGGGGCAGGUGCGGCGGAGCAGAGAGGGGAGGUGAGGGGGAUAGCAGCGGAGAGGCAGCGGCGCAUGGCGGAGACAGAGAGCUUGCUGGCUGUUAACAAGCUGUGCCUCGUGCUGGACCUCGACCACACGCUCCUCAACUCCGCUAAGGUGCCGCUCUCACUCACGCUCUUUCCCUCUCCCUCUCUUUCGUUCCCGCUCUGUCGCACUCUUUCCCUCCCUCUCACUAUCGUGGCAGCACUGUUUGAGCUGCACGUGUACACGAUGGGCAACCGCUGGUAUGCCUCCGAGAUGGCGCGCAUCCUGGACCCGCUUGGCACGCUCUUCCACUCCCGCAUCAUCGCCAAGGGCGUUCAGGCCCCCGCCACCCUCUCCUCCUCCUCCCCUGCUGCUGCCGCCGCCGCCGCCGCCGCAACUACGCCUGCAGCUGGGGGGGAUGCGGCAGGGGCAGGGGCAGGGGGAGGGGCAGGGACGGGGGGAGGGGGGCAGGGCGUGGUGGUACGGAGUAAGGAUCUGGAGGGCGUGUUGGGGAUGGAGUCGAGUGUGCUCAUAGUGGACGACUCCUCCUCCGUCUGGCCUCACCAUGCCCGCAACCUCAUCCUCGUUGAACGGUACACGUACUUCCCGCACAGCCGGCGCAGCAUGGGGCUGCCAGGGCCAGCGCUGAUGGAGGUGGGGCAUGACGAGAGGGCCGCCGAUGGCAUGCUCGCCUCCAUCCUCACGGUGUUGGAGCGCAUUCACGGGUCGUUCUUUGCGAGUAGGCAGCGGGGCAUGCAGCAGCACCACCUGGACGUGCGCAGCAUACUGGCAGAGCAGCAGCGCCGUGUGCUCGCCGGCUGCUGCAUCGUCUUCUCCCGCAUCUUUCCGGUGGGCGAGGCGAAUGCGCGCUCGCACCCGUUGUGGCGACUGGCAGAGCAGUUCGGGGCAGUGUGCACACUCACUCUCUGCGAUGCCGUCACACACGUUGUGGCUCUCGCACUCGGCACAGAUAAGGUGACGUGGGCGCUUAACUCGGGCCGGCACGUGGUGCGCCCAGGAUGGCUGGAGGCGUCAGCAGUGCUGUAUCACAGGGCCAAGGAGCACGACUUCCGCCUCACACCCUAA